UGGAUGCAGACUGAGGUUAAGAAAAUAUAGACAAGCAUGAGUAUUUUCCAGGAACUCUAUUAUUUCUGACUAGGGGUAUCUAAUGGGAUUUCAUUGAAUUGCUAUGAUGUCAGAGUGUCCGUCCACCCUAAUGGCCUGCUAAGAACAACAAGAGGGACAGAUUGGUUCCAUUCACCGGACUGUCCAGACUGAGAGACACAAGCAGCUGAAACCUCAACAAGUUCUCAGCUUAAAAGCAUGCCGCUGCGUCUCUUUUCCCUUUCCGUACUCCUCCUCCUUGUUGCCGCGGCAGCCGUGGUGUCCGUCUCCAUGACAACGCCGCUCCAGAGUUUCCGGGGCUGCGCAGUGCGCGAGUUCUCCUUUGUGGCCCAGAAGCCCGGCUGUAAAGGGCUUCACAUCACCACGGAGGCCUGCUGGGGGCGCUGUCAUACCUGGGAGAGACCGAUAAUCGAGCCCCCCUACAUCCACCGACACCACCGCGUCUGCACCUACAGCCGCAUCCGACACAUGACGGCCCGGCUGCCGGGCUGCCUGCCCAACGUCUCCCCUCUCUACCACUACCCAAUGGCUCUGCAAUGCCACUGCACCUUCUGCUCCAUGGAGGACACAGAGUGUCAGACUUUCUGA